AUGGUGGACAAGAAGAUGGCAACUGAUAAAGGAUCAUUGCCACAAGAGGAGGUUGAGAAACCAUGGCGGAAUGGGCUAGUAACGUGUGCUGCCUUCGUUUUAUGUGGCUGUGCCCCUCUUCUGGCAUUCAUUGUGCUCAUCCCAUUCACGCACAAUAACACACACAAAUUCGUAGGUGCAUCUGUGUUUUCUGCUGUUGUGCUUGCACUACUAGGUAUUGCCAAGGCCAAGAUUGCAGGUCAGAGUUGUCUUCUCCCCGCGGCCCUCACCCUUUUCAAUGGAGCCAUUGCUGGGGCUGUUGCCUAUGGUAUUGGUUGGACACUUAGGAAUGUUGCUAGGCUAGAAGACUGA